AAAGUGACUAAGAUUUUUCAAAAUAUGUCUGAAAAUUACUUACACCAAUAGCAUUAACUCCCAUAAGGUUGUGCCUCUUGACUUAUAUCAUCACAUAAAAUGGAAAUGGAUCAUAUUGGCACCAUAAUGAACUAGAAAAUUAGUAAUGGAAUUUCUUUCUUUUCUAGUUACCUUUGUUGUUUUAAACCUUCUUCUAUUUAGAACAACUUUUGCAGUGGUUGAUACCAUUAGACCAUCCGAAUUCAUGAGAGAUAACAACACAGCUUUAUUGGUAUCAAAAGAAGGAAGGUUUGAGUUAGGAUUCUUUACUCCAACAACCAGUUCAUCAAAGAAUCGUUAUCUUGGAAUUCGGUAUAACAACAUUCGAGGCGAUCAAACUGUUGUUUGGCUUGCAAACCGAUGUGAACCGAUCAAAGAUUCAUCUGGCUCAUUGACUAUAGACAGCACAGGCAAUCUUGUACUUUUUACAAGACAGAAUAAUAGGAGGAAACUAGUUUGGUCAACAAACUCGUCGAAACAAGCCCAAAAACCAUUUGUUCAACUCUUGGAUAAUGGUAACUUGGUUUUGAGAGAUGAGAAAGAUGCAAACACAACAAAAUAUUUAUGGGAAAGCUUUGAUUAUCCCACUGAGACAAUCCUACCCGGGAUGAAAUUAGGAUGGGACUUAAGGAGAGGUCUAAAUAGGCGAUUAUCGUCGUGGAAGAGCUCUGAUGAUCCUUGUCAUGGAGAUUUCACUUAUGGGAUUGAGCUUGAUGAACCAAACCAUACAUAUCCUCAACUAUUUAUCCGUUAUGGAACAACAAAAUUCUUUCGAGAAGGGCCAUGGAAUGCGAUAAGUUUCAGUGGAACUUCUAAUAACAAAUCAAUUUCUUGGCAUGAUUCUGAUUACCAAUUUGUGCACAACAAUGAUGAAGUUUACUUCUCUUACAAUGUCAAAAAAAACUCAAACAUAUCAAGAAUUGUGUUGGGUGAAAGAGUACUUGAAUACAAAGAAUGGUUAGAAGAAAAACAAGUAUGGAAUUCUUAUUACACUCUUCCAGGUGACCAAUGUGACUACUAUGGUACAUGUGGAGCUAAUUCACAAUGUCUCUUAAAUGAAGUACAUACUAUGUUUUGCAAAUGUUUGGAAGGUUUUAAGCCAAAGAAUCAAGAAAAUUGGAACGCAAUGAAUUGGUCAGAAGGGUGUGUGCGAAAUAGUACUAGUUUCGCGAGUUGUGAUGAUGAUGAUGAUGAUGAUCAUAAUAAAGAGAAAGAUUUGUUCCUUGGAUUUGUUAACUUGAAAGUUCCUGAUAGUCAAUAUACUUGGGCAAGUAAGAGUGUAAAUCUUGAGGAAUGUAAGGCUAAAUGCUUGACCAAUUGUUCUUGUAUGGCUUAUAGCUUUACAUACUCAGGUCUUAGUGAAGGGCCUAAUGGCACUGAUUGUGUCCUCUGGUUCGGCGAUCUGUUUGAUAUUCGACAACCUUAUUACGGCGGACAACAUAUCUACAUUCGAAUGCCCUUUCCAACUAUAGCAAGAAGUGGUGGUAAUGGUAAGUUUAAGGUGGAGAGAGCAGUGAUAAUUUCAGCUAUCUUCCUCUUGAUUGGAUUAAGUUGUGGAAUUAUUUUAAUUGGCUUUUACAUUCGUAGAAGGAAGAGAUAUUUUAAUGCCGGUGAUACUUUACCGAAGAGAAACAAAAGCGAAGACGAAGACUUGGAGUUUCCAUCAUUCGACCAACAUACACUGAGUAUUGCCACUGAUAAUUUUUCGGAGAAUAAUAAGCUCGGUGAGGGUGGUUUUGGACCUGUAUACAAAGGUACACUUGAAGGAGGUCAAGAAAUUGCUGUGAAGAGGCUAUCAAUGUAUUCUGGACAAGGAGCCAAUGAGUUCAAAAAUGAAAUUAAACUAAUUGCUAAGCUUCAACAUCGAAAUCUUGUCAAGAUAUUUGGUUAUUGUAUUCAUAGAGAAAUGAAACUAUUGAUUUAUGAAUACAUGUCCAAUAAAAGUCUUGACUAUUUCAUUUUUGAUGAAAUACACAGGAGAUUGUUAGAGUGGCCUAAGCGCUUUCAAAUUGUAUGUGGAAUUGCUAAGGGGCUUCUCUAUCUUCAUCAUGAUUCGAGAUUGAGAAUCAUACAUCGAGAUCUCAAGGCUAGUAAUGUGUUACUUGAUGAAGACAUGAAUCCCAAAAUUUCGGACUUUGGUUUGGCUAGAACUUUUGGUGGUGACCAAAUAGAAGAAAACACAAAGAAAGUAGUUGGAACUUAUGGUUAUAUGGCGCCAGAAUAUGCCUCUGAUGGCCUAUUCUCAAUAAAAUCGGACGUGUUUAGCUUUGGAACAUUGAUGCUUGAAAUUGUAAGUGGAAAGAGAAGCAGAGGCUUUUAUGAUGAAAAUAACGGACUUAACCUCAUUGGAUUGGCAUGGACUUUGAUGAAGGAAGGCAACGAAUUUAAGCUUAUCGACAAAUACUUAUUAAAAGAUCCAUUUGACAACAUGGAAGAAGCAUUGCGUUGCAUCCAUAUUGGUCUCUUAUGUGUUCAACAAAAGCCAGUUGAUAGGCCUAAUAUGUCUUCUGUUAUUCUAAUGUUGAGUGGUGAGAAAGUGUUGCCUCACCCCAAACCACCAGCCUAUUUCACUAUCUCAGAUUUGUGGGAUGGAGAUCGUUCUUCCUCUACUAUACCCCCGUCAUGCAAUACAAGCAUAACAGUUGUCGAGGGGCGAUAGGAUACUCAUACAAUAUACCCGAGUUUGUUACUGAUCAUACAAUAUAACACAAGCAAUUAUCAAACUAAUUGCUUGUGUUAGUUACUAGUGUUUUAUAUUUUUCAACUUGAAAGCUUGUGGUUGUUUGAGUU